CAAAGCGUACCAAAAAUUUGUUUUGGAAUUGCAAAAUUGUGCGCCAAAAAAAUGAAUUUGCCAGCUAAUCUAAGCAAUACAGAAAAUUCAAAUUCAACUUUUUCGAGAGAAAGUGAUGGCAGUGCUAGAAAACGCGUAAAAUUAGAAUCAUAUAGUGAUCGCAAAUGGAAAAUUCAAGAAAGUGAAACAGAGGUAUUAGCUGAAAUUGGAUUAGGUGUACUUGAAGACAAUUUGAAUGAUAGUAGUCAAAGUGAUAGCAAUUCUCGGUGUAAACAGCAAGUUAUAACAAAUUACUUUCCAUCUCAAAAUAGUAAAAGAAAAAACAGAGGGUCCUCACCCACUCAGAAACCUUUUGGUUUGAUUGAAAAUUCUGCAAGUCCAGCGGAUAAAGAAAAUGAUCAUGAUUAUUUAAAUUGCACAAAUCCACUUAUGGUUGUGUCAAGCAAUUUUAAUUUGAAUGAAGACAUGCAUACAAAUAGAACAAAAUAUCAAAGUUCCUUAGAGAAAGUUAGGAGAAGUACCGUGUCUAAAUGCAGUAAGAAAAAUAAUAAAAUAAAUAACCCAAAAAGUAAUGAAAAUAUAAAUAUGCAAAAAUCUGCAAGUGGUGUGGAGCGAAGUCCCCUAAGCAACUUAUAUAACAAUAGACUUUCACAAACAAGGGAAAUCCAAAAUGUUCAAGAUUUUUACAUUUAUAGGAAAAGAAAUAACUCGCCUCAAAUAUUUGAUAUGAUUAAUCGAUUAUCUGAUGAAAUGGUAUUAAGCAUAUUCAAAUGGUUACCCAAGCAAACGUUAUCACAAUGUAGCCUUGUUUGCAAACGUUGGCAUAGAAUUUCACAAGAUGAAAGUUUGUGGCUUCGCAUAGAUUUAGGUGGCAAAAUUUUACCAAACAAAUGUAUUGAAAGAAUUCUUUCUAGAGGUGCUAUGAUAUUAAGAAUGGCCCAAGCUGAAAUUGGCAAAUCAUUAUUUUGCGGUCCUAAUGUGACUGUUGGAGCAGAUUUUCAGAGCAAGCUACAAUAUUUAGAUUUAAGUAUGGCUGUUAUUAGUAUUGACUCACUGAAUCAGCUUCUUGCUAGAUGUAAGAUUUUGAAGAAGCUCAGUCUUGAGCAUGUUAGAGUUGAUGAUGAGACAUGUAGGAACAUUUCAGAAAAUCACAAUUUAGAUGCUUUAAAUCUUUGUAUGUCGUCUGGCAUUACAUUGCAAGGAGUAAAGUAUUUGAUGGAUGGUUGCAAGCAAUUGCAAGCUUUAAAUAUAUCUUGGACUUGUAUGAGUUAUGAAGCUAUUCAGUACUUGUGUGACCACCUACAUCAAAAUUUAACAAAAUUAAAUAUUGCUGGCAAUCGAAAAACUCUUACAGAUAAAAUGGUUGAGACUUUAGUUAGAAAUUGCAGUUAUUUAAUAGAUUUGGAUUUAUCUGAUUGCACCAUGCUCACAGAAGCAACAGUUCAUACAUUAGGAGAACUAAUGACACUUGAACAUCUUUCUCUGUCUAGAUGUUAUAAUAUUAAACCAACUGCAUAUAUUAUUAUACACAAAUACACUUCAUUAAUGUAUUUGGAUAUAUUUGGGCUAAUGAGCGAACAAGCAAUAACUAAAUUGUCAACUCAACUCCCACAUAUUGGAAUCAAUAAAUUUUUACAUAGCGCAAUAGCCAGACCCACUGUUGGAACUCGAAGAACUUCUAUAUGGGGUCUACGUACUCGUGAUUAGAAUUACAAUAUUUUUUUAUGUGAAUAGUGAAAACAGACUUUUUCAAAAACUUGAAGAUACAAUAUAUUUAUUAUAAUUUAAAAGAGAAUAGUGCACAUUGAUUUAUAUGAUAUGCUUUAAUAUUGUUAAUUAUGGUAAUGAAUUGAGUAAUAUA